CCGGGCCCGGGCGCCUGCGCCGGCAAGCCGCACCUCGAGAAGCUCACGCUGGGCGUCGCCCGCGUCCUCGAAUCUUCCCCAGGUGUGACAGAGGUGACCAUCACAGAUAAACCACCUGCUGAACGUCAUAUGAUUUCUUCAUGGGAACAAAAAAAUAGCUGCAUCCUGCCUGAAGAUGUGAAGAAUUUUUACCUCAUGACCAACGGCUUCCAUAUGACGUGGAGUGUGAAAGUGGAUGAACACUGCAUUCCACUGGGCAGCAUGACAAUUAACAGCCUCUCAAAACUGACUCAGCUCAACCAUUCUUCCAUGUACUCGCUUCCUAAUGCGCCGACUCUGGCAGAUCUGGAGGACGAUUCACAAGAAGCCAGUGAGAACCAGCCAGAGAAGCCUCACUUUGAUUCUCGCAGUGUGAUAUUUGAGUUGGAUCCUUGCAAUGGGAAUGGAAAGGUUUGCCUUGUCUACAAAAGAGGGAAACCAGCACUACCACAUGACACUGAGAUUUGGUUCCUGGACAGAGCAUUGUACUGGCAUUUUCUCACAGAUUCCUUUACAGCCUAUUAUCGUUUGCUCAUCACCCACCUGGGCCUGCCCCAGUGGCAGUAUGCCUUUACCAACUAUGGCAUUAGCCCACAGGCCAAGCAAUGGUUCAACAUGUAUAAGCCUAUGGCCUUCCACACAAACCUGCUCACAGAAGAGAAUGACUUCUUUGUGAACAAGCUGGAUCCCAGCAAAGUAUUCAAGAGCAAGAAUAAGACGUUGGUCCCCAAGAAGAAAGGUCCUGCUCAGUCCACCAGUGCUCCCAAAGGACCUUCAGGUCCUCCCUCCACUUCUAAAACUUCCUCUGGCUCUGGAAACCCCAUCCGGAAAUGAGUGAUACACCUUCAGUUCCCCAUGAUCAUGUCCAGACACAGAUGUUCCAGUUGUCGUUCAGGCCUCAUAUUCUACAUGUGGAACCAUAGACCUCUUAUAUGAGAUAAUGAAAUCCUGAGUCAUACUCUGUGCAUGGACAGGAGUUGGAAGGGUUGACUACACUUUCCCCCAGAGUCCAUCAUAGUCCUAGCAGCAAGUCACUCUGCAUGCCUUUGGAAACUGGAGAAAUUGAGAUCUCAGUGAAAGA